UGUGGUGUUUUACAGUGGGAGUUAGAAUAAGACAGGUAUGGUUUGGGAUAUCAUUAGUGUGGUGUUUUACAGUGGGAGUUAGUAUAAGACCGGUAUGGUUUGGGAUAUCAUUAGUGUGGUGUUUUACAGUGGGAGUUAGAAUAAGACAGGUAUGGUUUGGGAUAUCAUUAGUGUGGUGUUUUACAGUGGGAGUUAGAAUAAGACCGGUAUGGUUUGGGAUAUCAUUAGUGUGGUGUUUUACAGUGGGAGUUAGAAUAAGACCGGUAUGGUUUGGGAUAUCAUUAGUGUGGUGUUUUACAGUGGGAGUUAGUAUAAGACCGGUAUGGUUUGGGAUAUCAUUAGUGUGGUGUUUUACAGUGGGAGUUAGAAUAAGACCGGUAUGGUUUGGGAUAUCAUUAGUGUGGUGUUUUACAGUGGGAGUUAGAAUAAGACCGGUAUGGUUUGGGAUAUCAUUAGUGUGGUGUUUUACAGUGGGAGUUAGUAUAAGACCGGUAUGGUUUGGGAUAUCAUUAGUGUGGUGUUUUACAGUGGGAGUUAGAAUAAGACCGGUAUGGUUUGGGAUAUCAUUAGUGUGGUGUUUUACAGUGGGAGUUAGUAUAAGACCGGUAUGGUUUGGGAUAUCAUUAGUGUGGUGUUUUACAGUGGGAGUUAGUAUAAGACCGGUAUGGUUUGGGAUAUCAUUAGUGUGGUGUUUUACAGUGGGAGUUAGAAUAAGACCGGUAUGGUUUGGGAUAUCAUUAGUGUGGUGUUUUACAGUGGGAGUUAGUAUAAGACCGGUAUGGUUUGGGAUAUCAUUAGUGUGGUGUUUUACAGUGGGAGUUAGUAUAAGACCGGUAUGGUUUGGGAUAUCAUUAGUGUGGUGUUUUACAGUGGGAGUUAGAAUAAGACCGGUAUGGUUUGGGAUAUCAUUAGUGUGGUGUUUUACAGUGGGAGUUAGAAUAAGACCGGUAUGGUUUGGGAUAUCAUUAGUGUGGUGUUUUACA